ACGUUGCCGAGACCGAGAGGUUGCAGCACGAUGCAGCCACUGGGCCCGUAGGAAGACAUGGAGAGGUGCUGGCUGCUGCUACUGGUGCCGCCGGCUUACAGACGCAAAAGGAUUCUUUCCAAUGCCCUGCAUGUGGUACGACUGGCCGCAGCGUUGGACAUGACAAAAGUGUGCAAGUUCAUGUGCGGGGUAUAAGUGUUGGUGUUCAAGUGAACUUGACCAUAAAAGAAACGAAAGAUGAGGGCCUGCAGGUUGACAUUCAGGAUGUGCCGCUGACAUCAACACCAGUGAAGCGACGACGUAUCCUUGAUGAACCCAGCUUUGCCGCCUCACCUAUCUUGUCACCUGUUCCAAGCAAUGUCGACACUACUGGCUCCUUAUAUCAACCAGAUGAAUUGACUCACACCUUAGACUCCACACUGGAUGAGGAUGAUGAAGAUGAUGGAGACAUGGGAGACGUUGAGCUGCCUGGCUAUUACCUCAUCUUCCACACAUGUCUGAUGGUGCUUUUGAAGCUGUGCCGCACAUGCCUGUCCACUGCCUGCACCGUAAAACUACGACGCUCUGGGACACGCAUAAUAGCAAAGGUCGAAUGCCCCAACAUGCACACGUAUACAUGGUCAAGUCAACCUCUUGUUGGUGACAAGCCAAAAGGGAACAUUGACUUGGCCACUGCGUUGCUGUUUUCUGGAUCAAGUGUUGCCUCCAGCCUUCGAAUGAUGCGUCUCAUGGGCGUCAAGGUUAUAAGUGAACAGUGCUUCUUCAACUACCAGAAGGCGUACUUGCUCCCUGCUGUCAACAUGGUCUGGGAUGAACAUCAACGAGAGGUCAUGGCAUCACUUGAAGGCAGCAUACAGCUUUGUGGCGAUGGCAGAUGUGAUUCACCUGGCCACAGUGCCAAAUUUAUGACGUACACAUUCCUCUGCCCGGACGCGAAGAAAAUUGUGCACACAGAGCAGGUGCAAGUAAGGGAGAACGACGAAAUUACUUCAAGCACUCAAAUGGAAAAAGAAGGGCUAAUCAGAGGGCUUUCAUUUUUAACUGAACAAAAUGUCAGCAUCGCAAGCUUGACAACAGACCGCCACCCGGGCAUUAAAACAUAUAUGAGGCUGCACCAAGGAGGCAUCAUGCACUACUUUGAUGUGUGGCAUGUGGCAAAAGGUAUCCGCAAAAAGAUUAAUGCGGCAUCCAGGAAAGGUGGUUGCAGUUCCCUCAAAGAAUGGAUCCAGGCAAUUGUCAACCACCUCUACUGGUGUGCCUGUGCAUGUGGUGGCGAUGGAGACCUGGUGGUGGCUGCAUGGGGUAGUAUUCUGAACCACACAGUCAACAUCCACGAAGGUCACAAUGACCUUUUCCCCAGGUGCCUCCACGGACCUCCUCGUCGUAUCUCAUGGCUGAGUGCAGGUUCUCCAGCAUACAAGGCACUCAAGGCAAUUGUGACAGCACCUCUACUGCUCAGAGACAUACGUCAGCUGUCACCAUCGGCGCAGACGUACAGCCUUGAAUCUUUUCAUAGUGUGCUCAACGGCUUUGCACCCAAAUCAACUGCAUUCACAUACGAAGGCAUCAAAGCUCGGACAUUGAUAGCUGCUCUUCACUUUAAUGAGAAUAGUGAGAGAGAGCAGUCGCACACAGCUCAAGGUGAAAGCCAGUGGCACACUAAGACCUCCAAGGCAAAGCCUGGCAUCUCAGCCUAUGAACUAAAAACUGCUGCAACCUUCUGCUACGUGCAGGGACUCACAAACCAAGUUUUGAAUCUCUGCACAUUGUACCCAAGUUUCCGGGAGGCCCUGGCACAAGCUCCCGUCAAGGCCCCACCAGCAUAUGCACCACCGGCCGAGGAAAGACCUUCGAAAUCCGAACUUGUAGCGGCACAUAAGGCACGCUUUGCAAAGCACUGAAGAGCAUAGUCUACAUGUGUUUGAGCCAAGCAGUAUCGCAAACACAAAGGACAUGCUGUGGGACUGUUUUGGCUGCAGGGACCUGUGGCACAAAUGGAGUCAAACCUUCACAUUACGAUCCUGCAAGUGCUGUUUUCGACCGACAUAGCCAUUCCGAGGAUGGAUACUGCAAGGAAC